AUGUUAUUCAUCAUUUUUUUGUUAAAUUUAUAAGUUGCAGUAUACACGCGUUAUUCAACAACACAGGUAAAAAAUACUGUAGCUUUUAAAUAAUAUAAACUUUAUACUAGUGAGACUACAGUAUUCAAGGCAGGAAAUUCAAUAAAUUUAGAAUAAAACCUCAUAUUAGAAAUCAGAUAAGAAGGGAUUGAUUAAGUUGAUAUUCAAAUCUACGACGAGGCAAAUAAGCAUUUUAGACUGCCAUCAGAUCCUGUAAUAGAAUUUACUUAUAAUAGCCUUUCAACUAUAAUGAUGUGAAGGAUCCUCAAUAAUUUAAUUCUUAUGAUUAUGACGUCAAAGUACAAGAAAAUAAUAUUGCGAUACAAGUACAAAGAGAUGAUGCUACCAUUUUUUAAAUAACCGAUUUAAUCUUUAGUGAAACAUAUAUUGAAUUCACUCAUAUUCCACAAAAUAAAUAAAUGUGGGGUUUAGGAGAAAGAAAUUAAGUUGGAUUUCGUUUCAGAGAAGGCAUCUACACACUAUUUGCAAGAGAUGAACCCAAUAUAAUAGAAGAUGGGAAGCGACCUGGAAAACAUGUAUAUUCUAGUCACCCAGUAUUAUUAAGUAUGGAAGAAAGUGGUAAAUUCAAUGUGAUGUUCUACAAAACAUCAUCUCCAAUGGAUGUCCAUUAUGGAGAGGAUAAAAUGAAAUUCAUAACCAUAGGUGGAAUCAUCCACAUAAAGUUAUUCCUAGGCGACACAUCUCCCAGAUCUGCAAUUAAAAAGUAUCAUAAAUAUUUGGGUGGUUGGAUGCUCCCACCAUUUUGGGGAUUUGGAUUUCAUUAAUGCAGAUGGGGAUACAAAAACAGCAGUGUUUUAAUAGAUGUUGUACAAUAGUAUUAGAAAAAUCUUAUACCAAUUGAUAUCAUCUGGACUGAUCUUGACUACAUGGAUGAUAGAUAAAUAUUCUCGGUUGAUAAACAUAAAUUCCCAAAGAAAGAUUUUUAAUACUUAAAAGGGUUGGGUGUCAGAUAUAUUCCAUUGUUAGAUGUGGCUGUUGGAGUAAAAUAUGGAAGUGAAGAUGAAGGUUAUAGAAAGGGAACAGAGUAUGAUGUUUUUUUAUAUUCUCCAAAUACUGGAUAUCGUUUUUAGGGAUAUGUUUGGCCAGGUGAUUCUUAUUUCCCUGAUUUCUUUCAUCCGAAUAUCAGUAAAUAUUGGAAUGAGAUGCAUGAACAUCUCUACGAAUAAGUAGAAUUUGAUGGUCUAUGGGUUGAUAUGAAUGAGCCAGCGAAUUUCUGUGAAGGAGAAUGCGAUUGGAGUAAUCAUCUUAGAGAUCACCCUAAAAGAGAAGACAAGUUGAAUAAUGCAAUCAACUUUCCUUACAUCCCAGGAUAAAUACCAUUAGCUAAUAAAACAUUGCCUCCUCAUUUGUUACAUCAUGGACAAUAUUUACAUAAGGAUGUCCAUAAUCUCUAUGGAAUCAUGGAUUCUUACUAUACUUAUUUAGCUCAAAAAGAAUUGGGGAAGGUGCAGCCAUUUCAAAUAACCAGAUCUACAUUUCCAGGUACGGGUAAAUAUGCUUAGCAUUGGACAGGGGAUAAUGGAGCAUCAUGGGAUUUCCUUUAUUUAUCAUUGGGACAAGUAUUUUAAUUUUAAAUUUUCGGAAUUCCAAUGGUUGGAGCUGAUGUUUGUGGCUUUAUGGGUGACACAAACGAUAAACUCUGUUGUAGGUGGAUUUAGUUGGCCUUCUUUUACCCCUUUUUCAGAAAUCAUAAUAAUGAUUUAUCAAAACCAUAAGAGUUCUACAAUCUUGGAUUUCACGUUGUUCAAUCUGCUCAAAAAAAUAUACAUCUCAGAUAUUCAUUAUUGAAAUGGUUUUAUUCUAUUUUUAUUAGGGAAUAAAAUCACGGGUCAGGUAUAUUAUAAUAAAUAAAUAUUAGUAAUAAAUCCCCUGUUUUUCAUUUUCCCUGAGGAUUAUCUUACUUAUAGAGAUUUUGUGAUGGAUACUCAAUUGUUGAUAGGAGAGGAGUUAAUGGGUGCCCCCAUUCUCAAUGAAGGAGUUACUAGAAUUGCAUAUUUCCCAGAUUCUAACUGGUAUGAUCUGAUUACUGGAUUGGAAUUGAAGGGCAAAUAGGAUCAUACUUUGUAUUGUUCAUACAAUGAAAUAGUCCCAAUAUUUCUCAGAAGUGGAUACCUAGUGAUACAAAAUACAAAAGAAAACAUUAAAAAUCUUAAAUCUUUAGAUAAUCAUUAUAGAAUUAUUGCAGCUCCAUUAAACCAGGAAGCGAAAGGAGUAUUUGCAGAUUUAGAUAAUUUUGAAGAUGAAGAAAAGGCGCUUGAGGCUGAAAUUAUUCAUAUAAAAUUAGCAGUCGAAGAGAAAAGCAUAAAGAUUACGAUUUCUUAAAGUCACUCAGAAUUAUUGAUAGAUGAGAUAUUGAUUUAUGGAUUAGAAUGUUCAUAUAAAUAAUGCACGUCUGGGUAUUAUAAAUACAACUCAGUAUUCAAAGGUCCAUUUAGUUUGGGACAAGAUAAAACAGAAUUAGUGCUAAAAUGA